CGGCAUGAAAAUAAAGAAAAAAGGAAAAAAAGAAUAAAAAAAAAAGAAAGAGGAGAGAAAAUCAGAAAAAAUGGAGGAGAUAAAGAUUUGGGGACAUCUCUUCCACAUUUACCCUUCAGUUAAAGCCAAUCCAACUUCUUCUUCUUCAUCUUCUUCUUCUCAAGGGACUCUCCAUUAUCUAAUAAUAAUACUAGGGUUUUUCUCUCCUUCGUCUUCCCGCGUCUCUUUCCUCUCUCUCCCGCCGACUGCUUCUUUCCCUCGAUAUUUAUUGGUGUUUUGAAUUUUGGGAUUUUCUUAACGAAUUCACUGAAGCACUUAAUUGAGAAGAAGGGUGUUAGAGUGUAUGGUUUGUCCUGAAAUAUUUGAUGAUUAUGGAGGGCUCUCAAGGUUCUGCUUCUACUACUUUAGUUGGUUUCUCCGGCAGGAGAAGGAGAAGCGCUUUGCCUCGUCGACCACGCUAUAUCAAAGGGUGCUUGCAUAGUUUCACCUUUUUGCCACCUUCAACACAGGCAGACACUGCUCUUACUAAACAAGCUAACUCAAGUUUUAGGAACGCCAAUAGUCUCUGUGGGUCUUCGAGUGAGAACCCACUAAAACUGAAACUUAAGCUUGGUGGUGUUACACGAACGAUCCAAACCAACUCUGAGGAUGACCGACAAAAGCUAUUACAGAAUAAGGUUAAUGGCAAUGUACCAGAGCGCAGACAUGGUCAGAAAACACUUUGUUUAAAGGAGAUUCAUCAUCAAUCUAGAGGAUAUAAGUCUGAGACUGUGAAUGGUGGUGCAUCCAUGUCCGAGAAGAGUAAACGUGGUCUUAAGAUACGCGUGUUGGAUCCAGAACCAGACAGUGAUGAUGAUGGAGAUGAGGAAAUCAGAUACCUCGAAAAGUUAAAGUCCAAAAGGGUUAGGGACCACCCUCAUGAAGGUAAAGAGAUUGAAGGAGGCAGAAGGUUACACAACCAUAAUGGUCAUGGCAUGGAAGACACAGAACAAUUCUCGUCUGACAAACUUGCUCUAUCCGAAAGGAAAAAGCCAAGAAUGGGAAUGGUUGACUCGCUUCCGGCAGGAGCAAGUGGACAAACUCCUACAACAACACGUACUCGGGCUCUCCAAUCAGGAAAAGAUCCAUAUUCUGUCAUCGGGUCCGGACCUCUUGAAUUCCCUGAUGGCUUACCUUGUCCCUCAUCUAAAAGACAAAAGCAGAAGCUUUCUGAGGUGGAGCAACAGUCCAAGAAGGCUGAGGCUGCACAGAGACGGCGAAUACAGUCCGAGAAGGCUGCUCAAGAAGCCGAGGCUGAAGCUAUCAGGAAAAUACUCGGGCAAGAUUCUGGGAGAAAGAAAAAAGAGGAGAAGAUGAAAAAACAACAGGAAGAACGAGCUCAGGAGAAAGCUGCAAGGUCAAGCACACUUGCAUCAAACACUAUCAGAUUGGUUAUUGGUCCAAGUGGAACAACAAUGACAUUUUCUGAAGACAUUGGUCUUCCGGAUAUCUUCAAGCCGAUCACGUACAGUUAUCCUCCUCCGCGUGAGAAAUGUGUGGGACCAAAUUGCGAGAAAGAGUACAAGUACAGGGAUUCAAAGACGAAGCUACCAUUAUGCAGUCUCGGAUGUUACAAGGCCAUUCAAGAGAAGAUAGAACAACCACUGAUUCAUUGCUAAUUUGCUUAACAUGUUUUUGUUAGAAGUUAUAUAUAUAUAUAACAGGUAGUAAUUGUUUCUUAACAUGAAGCAAACUUUUUCGCCUCCUUUGUUCAACUCUUCGUCGAGGGAAAUUUUUGGUUGCUGAGCCCAUAAGAAUCGAAGUGACCUUUAAUUUUAAUUUUUGCUUGAUAUUCAUAUUUUUUAAUAUACUUAUUGAACAAA